AUGGUCCAAUGCCUGCAGCAGCAACAACAACAACUUCCACCACCAACACCAUUCCAGAAUAUUGUUGGUCCGAGUAGACCGUUUAUGCCUCCACCACCAAUCCAACAAUACCAGAGGCAACAACAGCAGCAUGAUGUGACUACACCAACCGCUCCUCCUCAACCUUCCACUUCUCAGCCUUCAAUGGAGGAGUUAGUCAGGCAGAUGACUAUGCAGAAUAUGCAAUUCCAGCAAGAGACAAGAGCUUCCAUCCAGAGCCUAACCAAUCAGAUGGGACAGAUGACCACACAAGUAAAUCAAGCACAGUCCCAAAAUUUGGACAGAUUUCCUUCUUAUACUGUGCAGAAUCCUAGAAAUGAAAAUGUCAGUGCCAUCACCCUAAAAUUUGGGAAGCAAAUUCAUAUACCCACAAUGCCACCUCUGACACCUGCAUCUCAGCCUCACACUACUACAUCUCAAAGAAAAGAGAACCAAGCAGGUCCAAGCAGGACAUUUGAGGCAGGUGAAUCUUCUUCCACUUCGGGUGGUUCUUCUUCUUCUUUCGGUGGACUUUCUUAUUCUACCACCAACAUCACCAUUAGUGCAUCUCUUAAACAUGCAACAUCGAUCUAUCCCUCUUCCAUUUCCUCCUAA